AUGACCUCUCGGCGACAGGGCCUUUCCCGUGGUACAGCGCGGCGGCCACUUCCCCGGAGCAGAGAUGGCGGCGGUGAGAGGCAAAGGGAGGCAGCCGCUGGCGGUGGGAGCCUUCCUGGUGAUGGCGAUGUUGUGUCUGUCGGCAGAAUUGUUCCCUCGUAUUACACCACCUCGGACGCUGUCAUCUCCUCUGAGACCGUCUUCAUUGUGGAAAUCUCCUUGACCUGCAAAAACGGAGCUCAGAACGUCGCCCUGUAUGCGGAUGUUAAUGGCAAGCAAUUCCCUGUCACCCGAGGACAGGAUGUGGGCCGCUACCAGGUAUCCUGGAGCAGUGAGCACAAGGCGGCCGGCUCGGGCACCUACCAGGUCAAAUUCUUUGAUGAGGAAUCCUACAGCGCCCUGAGAAAGGGUGACCCAAACUGCACAGGAUACUCCAAAAGUGGCCUGAGCCAACGUUUUGUGAAGCUGCAACAAGGCAGCCCGACUCCUAUACUCCGUGCUCUGCCCGAUGAGCAAGCGUAA